CUUUCCCUCUCUGUCAAAUUGUUCCAAUGUCGUUGGGCUGUUUGUCAAUUCGUUUCUAUCGGUUUUGAAACUUUUGAAACCUAGCCCCGGCCAACGCUUUCUUUAAGUUGCUGCAUUGGCCUCUCCACUCGCACGUAAUCUCAUCGACUACUUGCAGCAGCAACAACCAUAGGGUGUGGAGGAGCAACAUGCAUGUCAAUUGACCCAUCAUCUUGAGCUCGUGUUCGUCCUCGCCCUCUUCGUCUCUCGCAUACCCUAUUAUAGAAACUUUAUAAUUACAAGAUGUUGCAGCAGGUGAUUCAACAGCAGCAGCAAGAACAGGAUGAAAUUUCAAGCCAGAUUAGUGCUCAAAUUUUCGAGUUUUGCGAUCCUGAACUAUUCCAAGAGACCCUGCAGAAUUCUGAGGUCACUUCUUCUCCAAAUUGCUGCUAUGAUGAAAACUCCUCUUAUGCCACAAAUCUCUCUCUUCCCCAGGAUUUAGAAACUAAAUACAGUACUUAUCAGGAUAACAAUGGCAACACUGACACAACCAUUGCUCCAACCCCCACAACAACUAGUACCACUACCACCACUAGCAGCACAAACACCACCACCGCCAGCAACAACACCGCCAAUAUCAACGCCACUACUACUAGCACGAACACAACCACCACCAACAACAACAACAAUAGUGGCAAUCUUUCCAUAAUCUUUGAUUCCCAAGAAGAAAUUGACAAUGACUUCUCAGCCUCCAUUGAUUUUUCUCCAUCCCCUCCCUUUUCUGUACCUCCAUUUCUCAUGAACCAACAAGACCAAUUCGAUUUCUCUUCAGUGCCAACUCAAAUGCCAUUAGCAGAUGUUGUUGAGGGAUUUUCACAGUACCAUGCAGAUCCUGUACCGCCUCUCAUGUCGGCUCCAUUGUCAUCAGUUUUUGAAGAAGAUUGCUUGUCCUCAGUGCCUUCUUAUGUGCCUUUGAACCCCUCUUCUCCAUCUUGUUCUUUUCUUGGUCCUAACAUGGGAGCUUACAUGUCUGCUGGGACUAUGAAUGGUGCAGUAUUAUCUGCUGACAGUACUGGCAUUUUCACCAAUAGUAUUCUCAUGGCUUCUGACCUGCAACAACAAGAUUUAGAAUACCAGGGAGAUAACGGUGGAAUUUUCUGUCCAGAUACAUUAUCAAGAGGUUUUAACCCUGAUGACCUUCAGGUGCUUAGUGGUGAGAGCCAACAACUGGUGAGUGGGGCUGGGAAUUCUACUUCUUUACCAACCGAGAUUCCUAUGGCAGAAGACCCAAAUAUUAAAGUAGGGAAGCUAUCGGUUGAGGAGAGGAAAGAGAAGAUACAUAGGUACAUGAAGAAGAGGAAUGAAAGAAAUUUCACAAAGAAAAUCAAGUAUGCCUGCCGCAAAACACUUGCGGACAGCAGACCUCGAGUUAGAGGAAGAUUUGCCAAGAAUGAUGAUUUUGGAGAGAAUCACAGACCUUCUGGUAGCAACCAUGAAGAUGAUGAAGACGACGAAGUAGUUGUGAAAGAGGAAGAGGAUAUGGUUGAUUCCUCGGACAUCUUUGCUCACAUAAGUGGAGUGAACUCUUUCAAGUGCAGCUAUCCCAUCCAAUCCUGGAUUUGAGUUGUAGAGUAUAUGUAUAUUGGCACUAGACUAAUCUACCAAUUUUGCAGGACCCUGUUUCCACCAGGAUUUAAUGUAUCCUGGUUUUUCUAAUAAAAACACCAAAAAUGAAUAUUUGGGUCGUUAUAUUAUUCAUAUAAAUAAGUGACUCAGGACUGUAUAGCUUAUAGAAUGUGGGUAACAUUGUAACAAUGUAUAU